AUGCAAGCUCCAAAUCUAACGAAAUUGCCGAGCUAGCAAAAAGUUCCUAAAUAUCGGCCUGUAGAUUAUAAAAUAUAAUUUAGUCAAUCAACAUAGACAAUCUGAUUGCAAUAUGUACAGGGAAACUCAAGAACUGUCCAAAUCACAAGAAAGCCCUUUACAUUCGAGCAUCCGCCUAUAUUAAAAAAGGGGAGUACGAAAUUGCAAUUUAAGAUUGUAAUAAACUCUUAGAGUCAGACGGUGAUAAUGUUGGAGGAUAUUAUUUGAGAGGUAUUCAAAUCUAACAAAUUAAGGAUGUGCCAAUGAAAAAUUAGGAUAAACUGAUCUUGCAAUAGAUGACUUUUCCAAAGUAUUACUUUUAGAUGAGAACCAUGUCAAUGCGGCAUUUGCUCGUGCUUCCUGUCUUAAUCUAAAGGGAGAUUUCGCAGGAGCCAUAGAAGACUAUACUCGAGCCUUGGAGAAAGAUAAUGCAAAAUCUCUUAAUCUUUCUAAUUCCAUAAAUAAACGAUCGUUACUUAGAAAUAGUUCAAUGAAAAAAGAUGAUACCUAUCCUAAAACUGAAGCAUUUUAGUAUAAAACCAAAACAAACAAAUAUUAACAGCCUGAAGAGGAUGAUCUCAUGAACCCACAAAAUGAUGAGGAAUACUUACAAAAUGAUUAAUCCUAGAUUUAAAAUUAACCAUAAUAGAAUAGUUUUAUGAGUCAAAAUCCUCUCUACACAAGCAUUGAUGCUAAUGAACUUCAUAUUUAGCGUCCUUCCUAAAUAAUUGAUAAAGAAAUUUCUCAGCCCGUGCAAUAACAAUUAAUAUCUAUGAUUCCAGAUCAUAUCAAAUAAGAUAAUAAGAAGAUAUCAGAUUGGUUCCAUCAGCAAGGAUUUGAGGCUAGAAAAAAAGAAGAUUUCAUUAAAGCUAUUGAAUUUUAUACAAUGGCUCUAAUGUUUAAUUCUAACCAUUUUAAAUCCAUAUUUAAUAGAGGUAUGAAGUUAUUUAUUAAUCUCUCAAGGUUUCGCAUUCGAUAAGCUAAGAAUGUAUAACGAUGCAAUUAAUGAUUAUACUAAAGCAGUAGAAAUGGAUCCAAAAAAUGCAUACGCUUACUACAAUAGAGGGAUUUCCUAUGAUAAAAAAGGGGAUUACAAUUUGGCUAUUAAGGAUUUCGCCAAGGCUAUUGAACUAGAUCCAUCCAAAGCAGAUUUUUAUCAUAAUAAGGGUUUUGCAAUGAAGAAAAAAAAUUUGAUAAAAGAGGCUAUCUUAGAAUUUAACGAAUGUUUAAGAUUAGACAAAAACCAUUUUAAGGCUUAUUAUAACAGAGCUAAUUGUUAUGAGAAGCUAGGAGAAUUUGAUAAAGCACAACAAGAUUAUCUAAUUGCUAAUAAUGUUGUGCCUAACAAUCCGAAUACUUUAACUCAUAUUGGAAUUUUGAUGGAUCGAUAAUAGAAACUGGAGGAUGCUUUAAAAUACUUCAACUCGUAAUCUUAUAAUUUAAUUUUUUUUAGCUCUUUAAAGAUUGAUUCCAACUAUGCACCAGCCUAUAAUGGGAGAGGCUUAGUUUAUGAUAAAAUUGGAGAGUAUGAGAAGGCUUGCAUAGACUUUAACAAAGCUAUUGAUAUAGAACCACAAAAUCCUGUUUAUAUUCAUAAUCGAGGAUGUUGCAAGAGAAGCAUGAAUAAAUUUGAAUAGGCUCUAGAAGAUUUUAAGAAAGCCUUAUCUUUGGAUUCUAAGAAUCCCAUCAUCUAUUCAAAUAUGGGUUUAGUGCUUAGAAAAAUGGAGGAUUUUGAGACUGCUGCAUAUUGCUACUCUCAAGAAUUGAUUUAUUCAUCAGAAAACACAAGGACUCUUAAUAAUAGAGGAUAUUGUCUCGCUAAAUUAGGCCAAUUUGAAGAAGCUAUCAGCGAUUAUUCAAGAGCUAUUAGUCUAGAUCCAAUUAACAUUCAUGCGAUCUAUAAUAGAGGAAUUUGUAAUGAAAGGAUUGGAGAGUUUCACAAAGUAAUUUAAUGUUAAACUUUAUAGGCUAUUGAAGAUUUCACUUAAGUAAUCCAUUUACAGAAUGAUUAAGGUGCUAAUGCUUACUUUAAUAGAGGAUGCUGUUAUGAUAAGUAUUUAUUUGUUCAAUUCUAUUAGUAUUGGGGAGAUGGAUCUUGCCAUAGCUGACUAUUCAAAAGCAUUGGAAAUAGAUAAUAAAACCAAUAAAGCCCCUUGA